AUGGUAUCAGAGCGAGGUUCGAGGGCAGGGAAGAAAAAGUUUCGGUACAGCAGUAGAAGAAGAAGAAUUCGCGAGUUCGCGGUACAGCAGGAGAGUUCACUAGUUCGCGGCUUCAGUACAGCAGGAGAAUUCGCGAAUUGCAAGAAGUCGCAAUUAGCGGCGGCAAGGUUCUUGCGGAAGGCGGCUGGGCGGAAGGGAGGAAAGGAAUCUUUCCUUCUGUGCGUGGAUCUGAAAAGGAAAGAAGUUUUGCAAAUGAAGUUCAGUUAUUGUGAGUUCUCUGUUGGGACACUCGUCGGCGUCUUAAAGCCUUCUUUUCUGGCAUCAUAUGAAAAGGUGAGUGGUGCCACAAUUAUAUCUCAUUUUGAGGUGGUGAUUAUCCUCGACUUUCCCUUUCGUCGCAGCCUUCCAUUCGCGGCCACCGCUCUUUCUCCCGGGUGCAGAUGUCAUCCAUUCACGAGAAUAUUCUCUUGUCUCUUAUUGUUUUCCUUUUUUCUGAACUCCCGACUUGCUCUGUCGGAUUCAGACUAUUUGAUUGGUCUUGGGAGCUACGACAUAACCGGACCUGCGGCGGAUGUAAAUAUGAUGGGUUAUGCCAACACUGAUCAGAUUACUUCAGGCAUUCAUUUCAGGCUGAAAGCUCGUUCUUUUAUAGUUGCUGAGCCUGGCGGAAAUCGUGUCGCAUUUGUCAAUCUCGAUGCAUGUAUGGCGUCUCAACUUGUGACGAUUAAAGUUCUCGAAAGGCUAAAAUCAAGGUACGGAGACCUCUAUACUGAACAAAAUGUGGCCAUAAGUGGCAUCCAUACACAUUCUGGUCCAGGGGGUUACCUUCAAUAUGUUGUGUACAUAGUAACAUCUCUUGGCUUUGUGCGACAGUCAUUUGACGUUAUUGUGGAUGGCAUUGAGAAAAGCAUAAUACAAGCUCAUCAAAACCUUAGACCUGGAUCACUUUAUGUAAAUAAAGGAGAGCUGGAUGCUGGUAUAAACCGCAGCCCAAGCGCCUAUCUUAAUAACCCCGCUUCAGAGAGAAGUCAAUAUCAGUAUAAUGUUGAUAAACAGAUGACUCUUCUGAAGUUUGUAGAUAAUGAAUGGGGUCCAGUUGGUGCCUUUAAUUGGUUUGCAACUCAUGGAACUUCAAUGGGCCGCACAAACUCCUUGAUAAGUGGUGACAACAAAGGAGCUGCUGCUCGUUUCAUGGAGGAUUGGGCUAAGCAGAAAAUUUUAGGUACGCAAAGUCGCAGUACUCAUGUUGCUGUUCCUGGUUCUCACAACAAUCAACAAAGGAUUCCACGUAGGGUCUCCAACAUUAUUCCUCAAGUGGAUGAUAACGGUAUGUUUUUGCAUCUCUAGUAAUAUUCAACAACGUAAAGAAGCUGACUAUUAUCUGUUUUUUUAUUAUUGGAAAAUUGACAUACCACUCAAUUCCUAUGAAUUCACAUAUCUAAA